GAUGAGGAGGGAGCUCACAUCUUCUCUCUGCUCUUCUUUUACCAAUUUAGACGUAGACUUAGAUCAGAUCCAGCUCCAAAUCCAGGACUAGCUAACGGGAAUUAGAAAAGAGAGAUAGUCUAGAUUAGUUUGGUAUGUAGGGAAAAGUAUUUUUUUCCAUUUUUUUUUUUUUUUUAGUUUUGUUGCAGAUUUUUUUUUACACAGUGGGCGAUUACUGAUUUCUUUCCAACGCGUUUUCAGUAAAGGUUAAAUAUUAACAGAAUCGAUCCGUUUUCUUUCAAAGCGCGUAAAUACAUGUUUGCAAGCGGUUGUUUAUUACUGAAAAGCUGGGACAUUAUGCGACGGAAUUAUCAAUGUUUCGCCACUUUUUCUGAUUUUACAACUGCAAUACAUAAGUCGAUUUUUUAAAUGCAUUAGUUCUGAUCGGGUACUUAUUUUAAAAUCGCAGAAGUCCAACAGAUUUUUAAAAAAUAUUAUUAUUUUCGUUUUUUAUACUGAAAGAGCAAUUGUUACUGUCAUUUAAAAAAAAAAGAAAGGAAAUUGUACAGAAUAUCCGUUGUGUAGUCUGAAUUGAACAACUUCAGCUGUUUGCUUAGGAUGUCUCGCCGUAAGCAAGCUAAACCAAGAUCUUUGAAAGUAGAAGAAAAUGAGACGGAGGACCAGCAUGAUACUGUGGGGCAGACAGCCACUCCAAGCGAUCCAGAUUGUAAACUAGGAAAGAAAGCGGAGGAUGGCGAAGAAGGUGAUUUAACGAAGAGGCUUAUUUCUCUGGAGGAGGGGGAGGAGAUAGAGGAGGAAGCUCUGCACAGCUGCGACAGCUGCCUCCAGGUGUUCGAGUCACUGAGCGAUCUCACUGAACACAAGAUUAAUCAAUGCCAGCUGACAGACGGUGCUGAUAUCGAGGAUGAUCCUUCCUACUCUUGGCCAGCUUCCUCACCUUCUAGUAAGGACCAGACAUCACCAGGCCACGGGGACAGUUAUGACUUUGGAGAAGAUGAAGGUGGGACUGGGCUGCCCUACCCUUGCCAGUUCUGCGAGAAGUCUUUCAGUCGCCUCAGCUUCCUAAAGCACCACGAGCAAAGUCAUAGUGACAAGCUGCCCUUCAAAUGCACCUUCUGCAGCCGGCUUUUCAAACAUAAACGCAGUCGCGACCGGCACAUAAAACUCCACACCGGGGACAAGAAAUAUCAUUGCAGCGAGUGCGACGCUGCCUUCUCUCGCAGUGACCAUCUGAAGAUCCACCUGAAGACCCACACUUCCAACAAGCCAUAUAAAUGUGCAAUUUGCCGCCGCGGCUUUCUCUCUUCAAGCUCGCUGCAUGGCCACAUGCAAGUUCAUGAACGGAACAAAGAUGGCUCCCAGGCUCAUUCCAGGAUGGAAGAGUGGAAACUAAAAGAGACCCAAAAGUGCAGCCAGUGUGAAGAGGGAUUUGAUGUCCCAGAAGAGUUACAGAAACAUAUUGCUGAGUGCCACCCAGAGUGUUCCCCACCUCUGGAGAGAGCUGCCCUUCAGUGCAUUUACUGCCAUGAACUGUUUGCAGAGGAGAGCACCCUUUUGAGCCACAUUGACCAAGUACACAACAGAGAGAAGAAGGGUCACACUUGCACCAUCUGCUCUGAGCAUUUCCAAUUAGUGGAGGAUCUUUAUAGCCACAUGGACAUUCACCAGCAGCCAGAAUCUAGUAACCAUAGCAACAGUCCAUCCUUGUUGACGGUUGGCUACACCUCAGUAUCUAGUACCACUCCAGAUUCAAAUCUCUCUGUGGACAGCUCCACAAUGGUAGAAGUAGGUCCACCUUUGCCAAAAUCUCGUGGAAGGAAAAGGGCUGCACAGCAAGGGGCUGAAAUGUCUGCCCUGUCCUCUAAACAAGCAAAAAUCACCUUCAGCUGCAUAUACUGUAACAAACAAGUAUUCUCUAGUCUUGCUGUCCUGCAGAUACAUCUUAAGACUAUGCACCUGGAUAAACCAGAACAGGCCCAUACAUGUCAGUAUUGCUUGGAGGUCCUUCCUUCACUCUACAACCUGAAUGAGCACCUGAAACAGGUCCACGAAAACCAAGAUCAUACCGCUUUGCUUAGCUCUAUGCCCUCUACGGUCUUGCAAUGCAACUUCUGCCCCGAUGCACUCAGUGACCUCAAUGCUCUGCAGGAACACAUUCGCUGCUCCCAUGGCUUUGCCAGUCCUGUUGCCAAAGAGAGCAAUGCCUUCUUCUGCCCUCAGUGCUUCUUGGGGUUCCUUACCGAGACCACCUUGGAAGAACACAUCCGGCAGACCCACUGCGAUGGGGGAAAUGCACGGUUUGAUUCACCCUUGGCUGGAGCCCCCAAAGAUCCCAUUGUUGAGGUGUAUUCUUGUUCUUACUGCACCAACUCUCCCAUCUUCAACAGCAUCCUGAAGCUAAACAAACAUAUUAAGGAGAACCACAAGAAUAUCCCUUUAGCCCUGAACUACAUUAAUAAUGGAAAGAAGUCCAGCCGAGCCCUGAGCCCAUCAUCUCCUGUGGCUAGGGAGCAAGCUUCCCUUAAGAUUACACAGUCAGUUAGUGGUGUCACAUCCCGUUCAUCCAGUGAGUUUAUUUGCAAUCAGUGUGGUGCCAGGUAUUCCUCCCUAGAUAUGUUCCAGACCCAUCUCAAAACUCACCUGGAAAACCAGGUUCUGCCAAAACUGACCUGUCCUCAAUGCAACAAAGAGUUCCCCAACCAGGAAUCCUUGCUGAAGCAUGUGACCAUCCACUUCAUGAUCACUUCCACCUACUACAUCUGCGAAAGCUGUGACAAGCAGUUCACCUCGGUGGAUGACCUUCAGAAGCACCUGCUAGACAUGCAUACAUUUGUGUUCUUCCGCUGCACGUUGUGCCAAGAAGUCUUUGAUUCCAAGGUCUCCAUUCAGCUCCACCUAGCUGUGAAGCACAGCAAUGAGAAGAAAGUGUACCGCUGCACCUCCUGCAACUGGGACUUCCGCCAUGAGUCGGACCUGCAGUUGCACGUCAAGCACAACCAUCUGGAAAACCAGGGCAAGGUACACAAGUGUAUCUUCUGUGGGGAGUCCUUCGGCACGGAGGUAGAGCUGCAGUGUCAUAUCACCACCCACAGCAAGAAGUACAACUGCAAGUUCUGCAGCAAGGCCUUCCAUGCCAUCAUCCUUCUAGAGAAACACCUACGAGAGAAGCACUGUGUCUUCGAGGCCAAGCCUCAGAACUGUAGCACCAACGGCUCAGCUGCUGUUACUGAGCAGGUCCCGAAAGAUGAAGUAGAGCUGCAGAGCCUUAUGGCCAACAGCCACGAGUCUCACAACAGCCAUGAUGGAAGUGAGGAGGAAGUUGACACCUCUGAACCUAUGUAUGGCUGUGAUAUCUGCGGAGCAGCCUACACCAUGGAUUCCCUGCUCCAGAACCACCAGCUGCGUGAUCACAACAUCAGGCCUGGGGAGAGUGCCAUUGUCAAGAGGAAGGCUGAGCUGAUCAAAGGCAAUUACAAGUGCAAUGUCUGCUCCAGAACCUUCUUCUCUGAAGGUGGGCUCCGGGAGCACAUGCAAACCCACCUGGGGCCUGUCAAGCACUAUAUGUGCCCCAUCUGUGGUGAGCGUUUCCCUUCUCUUCUUACUCUUACAGAGCACAAGGUCACGCACAGCAAGAGUCUGGACACAGGCAACUGCCGCAUCUGCAAGAUGCCCCUGCAGUGCGAGGAGGAUUUCCUUGAGCAUUGCCAGAUGCACCCAGAUCUGAGGAACUCUCUGACAGGCUUCCGUUGUGUGGUGUGCAUGCAGACAGUCACGUCCACUUUAGAGCUGAAGAUUCACGGCACCUUCCACAUGCAGAAGACAGGCACCAUGUCAAGCAACCAUCCUGUAGGGCGUGUUCAUCACCUCCAGAAACUUUAUAAGUGCGCUUCCUGUCUUAAGGAGUUCCGUUCCAAGCUGGAACUGGUCAAGCUGGAUAUAAACGGACUCCCCUAUGGGCUCUGUGCUUCCUGUGUCAGUGGCAGGAAGAGUGCCAGCCCGGCGGUAAACGGCGGCAAACAGCAAGUAACAGUGGCGGGAAGCCAUGGAGAAACACUCAGCCCCAGUGAGAGCAAAAGCAAGGCUGCUUCCAACAAGACAAGGUGUUCCAGCUGCAACGUGAAGUUUGAAUCUGAAGCCGAGCUCCAGAACCACAUCCUGUCCUUCCACAGGGACCUUGUUCCCGAUGGCAACAGUGGUCAGCUGAAAACCCCACAAGUGUCCCCGAUGCCCAGGGUCAGCCCCUCACAGGCUGAAGAGAAGAAGACAUACCAGUGCAUAAAGUGUCAGAUGAUUUUCUACAGCGAGUGGGACAUUCAGGUUCAUGUCGCCAAUCAUAUGCUUGUAAGACCCCCACAGAACUUCAAAAUGGAACUUUUCACACCAAAUCACACACAAGAGGAAGGCUUGAACCACGAGUGUAAACUCUGCAACCAGACCUUUGACUCGCCAGCCAAACUGCAGUGCCAUCUAAUAGAACACAGCUUUGAAGGCAUGGGGGGCACCUUCAAAUGCCCUGUCUGCUUCACAGUUUUUGUGCAGGCCAGCAAGUUGCAGCACCACAUCUUUUCUGCUCACGGUCAAGAGGACAAAAUCUACGACUGCUCACAAUGCCCCCAGAAGUUCUUCUUCCAGACAGAGCUACAGAACCAUUCAAUGAGUCAGCACAGCAGUUAGUGUGGAAGACGCCCUCUGCUCUGAGAAAAGAUGCGUGGGAAAAAAAAAGCUUGGAUCACUUACUGUUACUUUUUGCACGGAACUAUCAUUGCAAAUGUAUAUGAUAACGGAAACAUUGUAUUCUAAGAAAAAAAAGCCCUGUAUUAUCUAAAAAAAAAAAUACAUUGAACGUUUGUGUAUUUGAAUUUUUAAGCACCAGGCUGACUUAAUGUAAAUACAGUAUUUCACAUGUGUUGUUACUACUCCAGCUGCCAGACACUAAAUUGUCUCAUAGUACCCAGGAUACAGACCCUAUUCCAAAGAACUGCAUCACAAACAAAAGGAGAUCUGCACAUUCAGGAAGGAUGUUUCAACAAACCUGUACAAGGACUGUCAAUGGCGUUGAGAAGACGACUGCCAGGAUCAGUUAACACUGACUAUAUUUGCUAUUGUUUCAGUGCAGGAUGUUUUAAUGUUUUCCACAUUUAACAUAAAGAAGAGCUGCUCCAGACCACCCCCACAAAUAAGGACUGUUGUCAAGCAUAGAGCUCAUUGUUACUGAAGAGUGACCUGAUCUAAAAGAAUGCGGUCUGAAUGAUUUGGUCUAACUGUGUGCAGAGUAAUGGAUAACACUCCCGUGUAUGCAGUAGUUGUAAGAUAGAUUGGAAACACAGCUUUUCUUCUGGAAACUGUCAGAAGCUUAAGCCUUCUGUAAUAUUUUCAGCACAGCCAAAUCUCAAGUCAAUUAAACUAACCUGUAUGCUACUGUUAUUAAUGUUUACUCUGCAGCCUGAACCUGGAGAUUACUGGAAUUGUUUUUGCAAUAGGAAAUAAAUCCAAUUUACCUUUAGGUACUGGAGUCAGUUUUCUAUUCAUUUCCUACAUGUAAUUACAACAGAUAAAUCUCUUUCAUGUUCCUCUCAGAUUCUGGUAAACAGCCCAAGUCACAUGGAAUGCCUGUCAAAUAAGCUGUCAGUCAGUAUGACAUGACGAAUCAUCAUUUAGUGAUAUCUCAAAUACAAUUUUAAAUACUUCAUAUCACUCAGAUUUUAGAUAUAUUUUAUAUUGACAGUUUGGGGAAUUAUUAUUCAUAAGCAUCUUCGGCAGGGGAUUCCACGGGGAGCUUUGCAUCAGCUCCUUACCAUUCUACAGCAGACCUACUGGUCCGGUGAGGCUCAAAAUGAAAACCUACAGUGCUGGCCUUUGUCCUCCAGGAGCCAGAGUUUCCUGUGUGUAAAGAGGCAAUAGGCUUGAUUGUGGGAUUUUAAUUUGAAACAGCUUUGAUGUGGUUUCGAAAAAACAAUUAAUAUUAAUCAGUGUAUAUUUCUCUGUUUUUUCUUUUUCUGAACUGUACAAUGCUGCCCAUGUCUGCACAGUUGAGAACCCCUGAUAGGAGCAGAAUGUUAGUUGACCACGAUAUUUAAAUUAACCACAAAGUAUGUAUAUUUUUUAACAGAUAUCAACUUUAAAAGACAUUUUAUUUAAUUUACUUGUCAAUAUGUUAUGUGUUUCUGCCACUUGGAAUCACACAAUAAUGUAUUGGGUCUUGUCAUAAUUCAUUUUUUGAUUAAAAAAAAUGUCUGUGUUCCCUAUAAAA